AUCAUGCACAUUUAGAAGUAGUUAUACGUAGUAUGAAAUUUAAUUUAGAAGGUUUUAUUUACAUUAAAAGUUCCGUUUUAAUUUGUAUUUAAUAGGAUAUCAUCGUAGAAGUCUGAAAUAUUAUAUAAUCAGUAAAAUACUGGAUAGAUUAAUUUUAUUUUUUGAUAGGUUAUGUUGAUUAUUUAUUGGCAUUAAUAUUCAAAGAUAUUGCAAUUUUAUACGUAAAAGAACAAUAAAAUGGUGAAACGAAAAUUAAAUGCAGAUACUGAAUUGAAAGUACAGAAAAGAAAGAAAUCUGUUAAUAAUGAUGUCAAUAAUGAUAUUACGAAUAAUGACACUAAAGAUACUACGAACAAUAAACCUCGGAUCAAGAAACAGAAAAGGGGAAUAUAUGAAAAGGCUGUAAAAAAUAUUAGUAAAGAGAACCAUAAAUUUGUUACAAAUGAUGCGAAGGAAAGAUCUAAAACAACGAACGAAAACUCUACACAAAAGCCUAAUUGGCUUGAAAUUAAGAAACAGAAAAAGGAAUUGAAAGAGAAAUAUAAAGCAAAAAAAUUAAGUAAUAUUUAUGAUAUAUCGGUCACUGUAAAACAUAUUGGCGAAAAAUUACGCAGAUCUGAUUGUACAAAAGUAGAACAAAAAAAAUUAAUUUUACAAACACAUGAUUUAUUACAGACUCAUUAUAAUAAAGUAAUACUUAUGCAUGAUAUGUCUCGUAUUAUUCAGUGGAUGUUUAAAUACAGUGAUCCAGAAAUUCGAAUAAUCAUUUUUAAUGAAUUAAAGUCUUUGAUUUUAACUAUGAUUCUAUCGAAAUAUGCAAAGAAUUGUGUGAAAAGCAUGUUAGAAUAUGGAUCUAAAAAAAUCAGACAUGAAAUAAUUUCUACUUGUUAUUGUAACAUUGUGAAAUUUAUGAGUCACUCUGUAUCUGCGCCAUUGUUAGAAAUUAUGUAUGCAGAGUGGGCAACACCUACUGAAAAGACCUACUUUAAACAGGAAUUUUAUGGUGAUAUAUAUAAACAAGCCAAGGAUAAAGAUGUUAAGACUUUGUCUGAUGUGUAUAAAAAUACAGAGAACAUGAAAUCAGCAACAUUAUCAGCUGUAAAAGGAAAUCUAAUGAGGAUACUGAAUAAAAAACUUCUGAACUUCACACUUGUGCAAUAUGUCCUUUUAGAGUUUUUAAAUGAAUGUUCUGUUGAAGAUAGGACAGAAAUGAUAGUUAUGUUAAGAGAUUCCAUAGUAGAAUUAUCUCAGACUAAACCUGGUUCAAAAAAUGCUGUAACAUGUAUAUGGCAUGGUACAAACAAAGAUAGAAAAAUUAUAAUGAAAGCUCUUAAGGAUCAUGUAAAAUCUGUCUGUAUGUCCGAACAUGGAUAUUUAAUAUUAUUAGCUUUAUUUGAUUCCGUAGAUGAUACUGUCCUCCUAAAGAAAAUUAUCCUUUCAGAGAUUCAGAAAGAUAUGACAGAUAUAGCAUCAAAUGUAUAUGGGAAACAUGUAAUUCUAUAUUUAAUAGCUAGAAGAAAUUCCCUUUACUUUCCUCCUAGUAUAGUUAAAUACUUACAACAAGGAGACAACAAUGAAACAAGUAAAAAGCCUGCUAACAUUAAAGAGAAAGAACUUCUUGAUUCAAUUUCUGAUUUGCUUCUUGAGACUAUAACACUAAAUACAGCAACUUGGAUGUCUAACAGUUCUAUUGCAAUGGUAACUUUAGCAAUAUUGAAAGUAGGCACUGGAGAAAAACUGAAGCAGGCUUUUCAAUCCAUUGCUGCAUUUAUCACAGACCCGGAAAUAAGGAUUACAGAAUACGGUGUUGAACAGAAAACUGUUGAACAUGCAGGUUUACAUAUGAUGCUAAAAAAAGUUAUACGGAAUGAUAAGGUGUUACUGACGAAAGGCGAAACUACUUUUGGAGAUGUAUUAAUUAAUCACUUGAAGACAAAUGUCAUAAAAGAAUGGAUAGAAUAUAACAGAGGAUGUUUUCUAUUAGUGUUGUUAUUAGAAAAUGAAACAAAGUCAAUUACAACUACUCUUCUUUCUAAAUUGAAACGAAUGAUGAGUAUUUUAAAAUCCAAGUCGAAUUCAGGAGCUUCAAUAUUACUUACAAAAUUAAGUUAA